AUGCCCCUUUGGCUCGUUUUCCACCCCCCGGGCACUUUUGACGACGACGCCGCGAAGCGAGCAUUAAGCAAAGACAUAACGAACAUAUACACUGGAAUUGGUCUUCCAGCCUUUUACGUCGUCAUCAACUUCGUUAAGCUCUCGCCCCGGGACGUCUGGAUUGGAGGUGAACCUCAAACCGACAAACCUUUCAUUCGAAUCGUCGCUGAUCACAUUGCUGUUCGGCUUGAGGAUGAUGACCUGGCUUAUAAACGCACCGCUGCUGCCUUCGACAACGCCUUGAAGCCGCAUAUUGCUGACAAGGGAUAUGAUUGGGAAUUUCAUGUCGAUGAGACCGAGCGGAGACUCUGGCGCGUCAAUGGAAUGAUUCCGCCCCCGUUUGGGAGCGAUGCCGAGGAGCGGUGGGCGAAGGAUAACAAACCAACCGUGUGGAGCGGCGCCUAUUAA